CUCCCCUACAGCAGAACUCAGUGAUCACAACAUCUCAUCAAUUUGUUUGUUUUCUUUUUGGAAGACUCAAUUUUCCGCGACCUCCACCGCAGACACGUUACCACUGCCAUUGUUGGCCUACCUGGAAAGUCUUUUAGACGCAUUGAUCCUGUUAUCAUUGCUGGCCUGCUGUGCCCGAUGUAUCAUGGCCUGUGGGACACUUUCCUCGCUGUAUCUUAUUGCACACCGGCAGGUCCUGGCAGUGGGCCACUCAUGGUGGCCAUGUCGUAUACUAUUAACUAAGGCGGUGCUAAAACAGAUGGCCAAUGCACACUUGAGCCACAAUUCUAAUUGGUUUAUUACACUAUUCUUCUGUGGGUCCUUCCAUGGCCCGCCAUUGUUUUUUUGUGUGUAGGCACCUUGACAUCGACAAUACGCCAAUGGAUGUUGAUCCAGGCCAGCACCACCAAGGGCCACAAGCAAAAUCAUUUAUAAAGCCAUCGAAUUCCUGUAAUCUACCAUCAUCCUUUUCUUCGCCAAUGUCCUCCUCAAUGCUUGCUGACUAUUUACAAAGACGUGAGAAACUUAUCGCAGAGGACCGCGCGUUGCGAACAGACCAUGUUCGCUGGAAUUACACCGCAGCUGAACUGAAGGCAGAUAAAGUUGUGCGCUCCAUCCGUGCUAAAGAAGCUACCACUGUUUGGGGGAUUGAUCACGAACAUGUCCCUCACCCAUACCCAGGGAUGGAAUUUUUGAAUGGCAAAGACCUCAUUUUACAGACGGAACUCUAUGAAAUAGUCUCCAAAAUGCCAAAGGGUGGGCUAUUGCAUGUGCACCAGAACGCCUCGGUGGAGGCAAAAACACUUCUUGAUCUAGCACUGAGCCAUCCCGCGAUACAUAUCCGCGUCCCGAGUCCGUUGGACGCAGCUUCUCUCGAAACUGUGCUGCCCACAAUCCAACCAAUCCCUGUGGAGCAGUAUCCUGCUACUGAUGUAGUUGGUAUCACGGAUGUUUUAUACGCCGGUGGCUGGGUUCCCAUCAAGAAGGCGCGAGAGCUGUUCGAUCCUGCACUAGGCGGCCCUGCCGGAUUUGAUAAAUGGGUGCUCAGCGCCUUUAUGAUCAAUCCCAGUGAUGCGUACAAUACGUACAAUACACCGAUGAAGAUCUGGAUGAAGUUUGGGAGUACCUUUGGCGUGACUGAUCCCAUUAUCCGUUUCGUGCCGAUUCAAAAGGAAUACUUGCGAAUGUUCAUUCGCUCAUCAAUAAGUGAUGGCAUCUCGUAUAUUGAGGUACGAACUAGUUUUUUCAAAAAGUAUAUACUUGCAGAGGAUGCGAAGACAAAACUUGAAUUACGCGAACUACUCUUGAUAUUCCAAGAGGUCACGAACGAAAUCAAAGCGGAAUUGAAGGCGAAAGGUCGGGAAGACGAUUUCGCUGGGUUAAAGAUUAUCUACAAUACCCUGAGAAUUAUCUCCUCCGAGGAAUUGGAAUUGGAACUAGAACAGUGCAGCAAAUUCAAGCAGGAAUUCCCGAACCUUAUUGCUGGAUUUGAUCUCGUGGGCCACGAGGACGGGGCGGAGUGUAAACCACUCAUUGAUUACGCAGAGCCACUUUUGCGUUUCGCCGAGCAGCAUCCGGACAUCCCAUUCAUCUUCCAUGCUGGUGAAACUCUGGGUGAUGGCACAGCAGCGGAUAUGAACCUGUAUGAUGCCAUUCUUCUUGGAACGAAGCGAAUCGGACACGGCUUUUCACUCGCUAAGCAUCCAAAAUUGAUGCAAAUCUGUCGAGAGAAGAAAAUAGCAAUCGAAGUCUGCCCUAUAUCAAAUGAAGUACUGCGUCUUACCUCAUCGAUGCCUAUGCACCCCCUCCCGGUAAUCAUGAACCAAGGCAUUCCUGUGGUACUGUCUUCCGACGAUCCUGCGAUGUUUAAUAGCAUGGGGCUGUCCUUCGAUUUCUUCCAGGUAUUGGUGGCAAGUGAAGUUACGGGACUCCUUGCUCUUGGCCACAUGGCCCGUGACAGUAUUACGUAUUCCAUGCUAGAUGAACAGAGCAAGCGCACCGCUAUGGAUGCAUGGGAAAGACGGUGGGCCAAAUUCGUAGAAGAAGUUGCGGCGAUGGAUCCGUGAUUCAGUAAAACUUUGGCUCUCCGAAAUACAAUACAAAAAUUAGCUUUGUAAUGGAUAUUGUAGAAAUACGUAAACUUAUCAAACCUUAAAGUGCGGGUGCUCCUUAUAACGCUUCCAU